UUCCUCAACACCUUUCACGUUCGAUUCUUCGUCUCAGUGCCAGAGGAUACCGUGUGCCCCCUCUCGUCCCUCGUGCUCCCUUGCAUCAUGCGGCGUGCAACCGAGGCACGGGGACAGCGUUUCUCAGAGGGUUGCAGAUGCCCGAGCGCCGACCGUGGAUCUUUCUUCCCCUCUCGAAAUCAGGCAUUAGGUUUUCCCCGCCUAGUUGGCUGACGAGUUUGGGCUUGUUUGCCGUGUCCCUACGAGCACAGCUGCCAGCUGUCCUGUCGUGUACCUCGUCUCCAGUCUUGAAUAGUACGUCCGUCUCCAUCCCCUUUCCUCUGUUCUGUGCAUCGGGGACUGGUGGGCACUCCUGUGGUCGGCAGGCGCAAGGCCAACUGGGAACUGCUUUCUGUUUUGCUUCGAAGAACCCUCCGUUAGUUUCUUCUCGAGUUCGAAAAAGAAGCUGCUUUUGUUUUUUUUGCUGGAUGUGUGGAACGGGUUUUGCCCGUCCCCUGCCAACGCAUGUGGUUUGCUGGUGUCUUGAUCCCGGGAAACGAAGGAAACCACCGUAUGCUCGUCUUCGCCUUCCCCUUUCAAUUGUUUCGUGGAUUUUCGGGGUAACACUUCGUGUGUCGCGGCAGUUUUCUCAGUCGAGGCCAACGUCAAGAUCUCCGCUGCAAGUUCGCGUGGCUGCGGUGAGCUGCAGAAUCACACUCUGUGGCUCACGCUUGCCCACUCGUUUGUCUCAGAAUUUUCGCCGGAGGCUAUUCUUCCUCCCACAAGACCUACCACGUAACCUGGGUUUACCCCGAUCUUUAGUCAUCUAAGCCGCUGCUGCGCAUCCGGAGGCUUCCCUACCGGCGACACCGCCCUCCGUCUGGGGCGUUGUCUGCCUUCCCGGCCCGUGUCUUCGUCUCAACGCGCUACCAACAUGGGCCGUGCGGAUUUUGAGAACGCUCUUCUUCGCAUGGGUGCUUCGUUGUCAUUUCCUUCUUGUCCUCCCUGUUCCUGAGUCUAUCCGGAUAUCUGUUGUCCCUAGCGCAAGUGUAUUACAUCCGCUACAAUGACCCAGUCAGUACAAAGUCGAACCAGGUACUUGAUGGUACGCCAGUGGCUGAGCACAUCGUUUAACUGAUUAUGUUGACUUUAGUCUCGAUAAACGACGCAUUUGUCCCGUCUAUCGCUAGUCUGAAGCGCGGCUUUUGGGUGCCGUGAAGAAGGGCGUUGCCGGUGUGCCUCCACUCAGAGAUUUUGGGGGAUGAAGAAAGAAAGAUCAUCUCUCUAGGUUUCUGCGUGGGGCUGUGGGCAUCAACAGGGCAAAACGCAUCAGUCCUGUUUGCCCGCGUCUUUGCCUCCCACCCCAGUCAUGAGUGUGUGUUUUUUCGAGCGCGGCGUUUGACUGCGUCGGCGACUGGGACAUCCUUUCGAGGCCCGGAAUUGGUUUUGUCUGCGUCUCGCCUUUCCACUUUCUCGACUUCCAGAACCGUGGAUUGUCGUGGCAGACAGCGCAUGCGCACAAGAACGAGGAGAGAGCGACACGGGUGUUUCCACCUGGAGACGAAACCCCGUCGACAUCCCAGCUGCGUAUCCCUUCGCGUCUUGCGUUCUCCGCGCUUCUCUCUCGUUGCUUCUUGGCUCCAGGCCUGUCUCCGCCCUCUUGUCGGCAGCGGAGUCCUCUGUUGGUUUAGAUUCCUUUUUCCCGGGCAUCGUGAAACGCCUCUGCUCCCCUGGCUACAGUCCGACCGAUAAUCGAGUUUUUGCUCUGCGUCGGCGCGAUCUCUGUUUUCUUCUCGCGGCCCGCUGCUGGACACUCGCCUUGCGGCUGUUUCCCGUGAAUUGUUUCCGGUCCUGUGGAGAAUGCCAAAGCCGUUUGCCGCCCGCGCUUUUGCCCUGACUGUGCUCGUUCUCUCGCUGGUUUCUGUGCCUGGCAACCAACAUGGGGCUCUGGCAGGACAUCUGCCCCUUCUGCGUCUGGGGGAUCGAGUGGCUCUGGUCAGUCCUCCCGUCGCGGGCGAAGGCAGUCGCCUUUGUUCCACGGUGUCUGCCCUGUCUGAGGCCGUGCUUCAAGGCGAGUGCAAAGAAAGGCCGGCGCGAGGAAGAAACUGCGCAGAAACACGUCGGUACGCUGUGUGUACGGACACACACACCGAGUUCGUCGCAGCCAGAGUCGCCGGGGAACUCGCACUUCCACCUAGCGAAGUGGACAAACGUGAUCCGGACGACACAGUACACGUGGUGGAACUUCUUGCCAAAGAACUUCUGGGCGCAAAUCAGCCAGCCCGCGAACUUCUACUUCCUCGUGAUGGCCUUCAUGCAGAUGGUUCCCCAGAUUUCCGACUCCGACGGCCUCCCCACCUUCCUCUUCCCCCUCAGCUUGGUGAUGGUCAUCACAGCCGCAAAGGACGCGUACGAAAACGUGAAGCGGACGCGCGCAGACCAGGAGGAAAACAACCGUCUCUGUCGUGUUGUCAACGCUUCGGGGGAGGUCGAGCUCGUGCCCUGGAAAAACCUGAGGCCAGGCAACAUUGUCAAGCUCCAAUGCGACGAAGCGGUCCCGGCGGACAUCCUCCUCCUCAACUGUUCUGAUGAGUACGGCGUCGCCUACGUCGAGACAGUGCAGCUCGAUGGAGAAACGAACCUGAAACACAAAAUGUGCAUUCCUGAGAUCGCAGGCAUGGUCCGCAAAGACCACGACGCCUCCACCCUCUCGCUCGAAAUCAGCUACGAACCGCCUUCUGCGGAACUGUACAAGUUCUCGGGUGUCGUGACUCUGAAUCCGGCAUCGCCCGUGCAUGGCCGACAGUCGGUGCUGAGCUGGGGACGCGCCAGUUUCUCCCACCUGCACACCGGGAGCCAUCGACUGAGUCCACGCGCUGGCACUCCGCAGUCCGCGACGCCUGGAGGGAGCUCUGUGGGGACGGUUCGGGCGAAUUCUUUGAAUCCUGACUGGCGGGAGAGAGGUCCGGAAGAGUUGGAGUCCGAGAAGAGGGAGAAGAAGGGCAACGGCGCAGGCAAAGGGGGUUUGCUGUGGCCCGGUAGAUCGGUGAAUGAGUCUCUGCCUCGACUGCUGUCGAAACAGUCGUCCAGAUCUGACGCGCGAGGGAAAGACACACAGCGUGUGGCCGUAAGCCCCUCCGUCCUCGCUGUGCCGGGCGCUGAAGCGGCACGCGAUUUUCUGCCGAAGAAAUUCUCUAUCGACAUCUCGCAGUUCCUGUGGAGAGGUUCCACUGUGAGAAACACCGCCUGGGCAUACGGCGUCGUCUUAUAUACGGGCCAGCACACACGCAUCAUGAAAAACACACGCACCCGAGAACUCAAAUACAGCAGGCUGCAAGUCUACUACAACCAACACGCCCUGCUCCUCGCCAUUGCACAGUUUUUGCUGUGCCUGAUUGCGGCUGUCGCGUUCGCGUCCCAUAAUCAAAACAUGAGCGACCAUGCGUGGUACUUGGAGAGCUCGUGGGAGUCGGGCGUCGGAAACUUCUUCGCCUCUCUGGGAGUGGCCUUCGGCCAGUACGUCCUUCUGCUCAGCUACUUCGUCCCCAUAACGCUUCUGGUGCAGCUGGAAGUGUGUCGCGCAUGCCAAGCUGGUUUCCUGUCUGUCGAUGACCGCAUGUUUUGUCCCGCGACUGAACAGAAGGCUUGUGCGCAGUCGGUCGCUCUGAUGGAGGAACUGGGAAGCAUCACUCACGUCUUCAGCGACAAGACAGGAACUUUGACUCAAAACCUCAUGCAGUUCCGCUGUCUCGCCAUUGGCGACACGCUGCACGGGUUCGACGAGUAUCAAGAGAUGAAAUCGUUCGUGAGCCACAGCAGCGUGGUGAGCUCCAUUGAUGCUUUCGACUCACCCGGACCACGUCUGAAUUCGAUCCGUUCUUCGGGGACGAUGUUCCGCAACCCUGGGCGCCAAGCUUCAAGGGACAAAGCUGACGCAGAGUGCGAUGAUGCGGUUUCCCCAAACAAAUAUGUCCAUUUCAAUGCGCGACUCUUCGCCAACCGAAUGCGCCGGGCCUCGAGAGCCAACCAACAGAAGGCGGCGGAUAUUCUGAUGGUGAUGGCUUUGUGCCAUUCCGUAUUGCCGAAACAAGACUUGCAAGCAGCGGGCGGCGCAAACCCUCUGGACGGUGAACACAUGCCAAUAGACGACGGCAGAGGCGACAGAACUCGGCGGUCGUCCUCAGUUUCGCGAAUUGUCGGGGAGAGUGAGGGCAAGAGGCCGCUCCCGGGUGACCCUAAAACGGCUCUGGGGAGCUCGACUCGCGACUCAUGUCUCCGCUUGCCUUCGCGUGGACCCAGUGGAAGGGCCGAGAAAGGCGUGGUUGCCCGCGGCGGAGCGGGGGGCCUGUCGACCCAGAAUGCCUCCGGCGCCAACUCCCAGGGGCCUAUGCGUUCCCUUGGAGAGGCAGGUGAAGCAGACAGGACGAACGCCGACACCCGCAUGCUGAGAAGCGCCUCCCUUGCUUCGGGGACGGACGAACAAGAGGAAGGCUCGACAUACAAGCCGCUGUCGGCGAGUGCUCGAGUAGCUGCUGCGCCGCCGACCUCGGUGUGGGGACAACGCCAAGAUCUGCAAGUCGGCUGGACUGAACAGAACGCGCAGAAAGUGAGCAGGACACCAGGAGAAGAAGAGCAAGCCAGGCACUACUUCACAGGAGCAGCGAGGAUGAAGCGGGUGCGCGGAGACGCAUCUGCGGGGAUGUUUCUGUCUCUGCCACUGGCCUCGCCGUUGCCUUCACAUGCAGGCAGCGCGCAGCCGUCACUGAGGGAGUCUUCGGGCAGAGGCAAAGGGUCGCACUCGACUUCUGAAAUCCAGGACAACAGUGAAUUCGAAGGCCAAAGGAGAGAAUGCGGCCUUCUCGCUUCGCAAGCCUCUUCGCUCUUUUCUCCCAACUCUUCUGUUUACUCUUCCUCGGACGAGGAAACGCGGGAGGGGCGAAACAGCUCCUGCGAACAUUGCUCCAACUGCCUGGAGCCGCUGGAGCUGGACUCUGAUGAAGAGGGACAGCCGCUGUCGGAGGCCCUCCCAUCGUCUUUGGACCACACCCUGCGCCUCUGUGAUGUUGCCUCUUGGCCGCCUUCUUCCUCGCCUUCGUUCGCCUCGACGUCGUCCAUGUGCCCCCUUGAAGCGGAGAACAAGAGCAACAACAAUGGGGAGCUAGCCGUCCACCAGCGCGGCGCGAAUUCCCCUUUCAGCUGCCCUCUUUCUUUUGGAUCGAAUGCGCCCAGUCCGGCGGUGCUUGCGAGAAGAGACAGAGAAUCUGAAGAGGACGGAGGCCAACAGGAGAGAGACUGUACCGCGACGUUGGGUUUUCAAGAAUCUAGAGCAAAGUACAUUCGAGAAGAAACGCGUCACGAGGCGGCGGUCGACAACCAAGGAGCCGGAUUUAACGACUCGAUAAAGGGAGAGCGUGGCGAGUUGCUUGGCGUGGACGUACCUGCGCCUUCGCCGAGCCUGUCUGUUUCAGAAGUGUCACCGGUUCCAGGGUGGUCGUCUCCAGUGUCUUCGGCUCGGGUAUCGCCUGUCCCCGUGGCGUCUCCGCUUCUGGCGUCAGAGACUUCUUCUCUCGUUCCUGGUCUUCUUGGGAAGGCGAUGCCUGGGCCGCGAGAAGGCGCAGAGCGCAGAGAAGAGCGGCCGACUGGGGUCUUCGCCUUGCAGCUCGCUGAGGUGAAGCUGACGAAGGAGGCGGAGUACGACGCCUCUUCCCCGGACGAGCUGGCGCUCACGGCGGCGGCGAAGCAUUUGGGCGCUGAGUUUCUUUGCCGGCCUUCGCUGAGUACCAUCCAACUGUGUCUGACGUCUCCGUUCGCCGAGGAGUGUCUCCUCUCGCGCGCGGACAAGGCCCACUUGGCGCGGCUCCGCGAGAAGCUCGCCGAGGAGCGGAACGGCGCGAACUGCGCGCGCGAUGACCCGGCGCCGGUUUCAGCAAACCGGCAGCAUACGCCUCAGGACGAGACCGAGGUCGCGGCGGAAAACGAGGGCGUCUCGCUUGUGCCCCUCGUAGUUUUCGACGUUCUGGAGGUGCUUGAAUUCGACAACUUCCGGAAGCGCAUGUCCGUGGUGAUUCGCGACAGAGAUGGGCGCCUCAGGCUCCUCGUCAAGGGCGCGGACUCCUCCAUGCUCGAUAUCGCCGCGCCAGGCCAGGACGUCAUGAAGCAGGAGCUGAAGGCACAGCUCGCCGAGAUGGCUAGCCAGGGCCUGCGCACUCUGGUCAUGGGUCAGAGGUACUUGUCGGAGCAGCAGUUCGACAGAUAUCGCGCGCUUCUUAUCGAGGCCAAGGCGAUGAGCGGCGACCGCAAGGAAGACGCCCUCAACGCGGCUCUCUCUGAAAUCGAAAAAGACAUUGAACUCCUCGGAGCCAGUGGCAUCGACGACAAGCUCCAAGACCAAGUCGCCGAGACGAUUUCGGAUAUCAAGCAAGCAGGUGUGAAGCUGUGGGUGUUGACUGGCGACAAGAUGGAGACGGCGAUCGCCAUUGGCCACUCGUGUUCGAUUCUCACGGAUGCGACGUACAACGCGAUCGUCGAUGGGACAAGCGAGGAAAUGGUCAAGGAACAACUGCACCAGUACAUGAGUUACAUAGUCGCUGCUCAGCUGGCGAGCGAAGCGUUUGAACAAAUCGCACUCAAGUCCAUGGUGGACAGCGUCGCCUCAGACAUUUCCGAUGUUUCAAGUUCGGUCAUACGGCGCGGCGCUAGCCACGGCAGGGACUCCGAGAAACUCGCUGCUCAGAACAGAGGAGCUCAGCAAAAGAAGGGGAUUCGCGGGCGAACGGCUGGCCAAUGCAUCCAUUGCUUGGCAGGCGCCGUGAAACAAAAGGCGAGGUGUGUAGGGCGAAGGGCCUAUGAAGACAGCGAAGCCGACUCGGUUCGAGCCCGACGCGCCCGACACGCUCCACCUUCGAUGCCCUGGGAGGAAUUCGUGAAAAUUUUAACUUUCAAUGCCAACCGGAAGGUCGUCAAGGCGGAUCCAAAGCAACGGAAGAACAAGCGUUUGUCUCCGGCGCAGGUCGAGGACAUUGUGCAGGAAUAUCUGGAGCACUUUGACAAGAGCAGUGAAGAGAAUCAGAGAGAGCGUUCGAAGCGCGCCAAGUUCGUGCCGGGACGAACGAGUCGACCGAUGAGUGGCGCGAUCUCUUCCCUGCAGAAUGCGACGUUUUCCUCAGGUUCUACUCGAUUCGGCGUCCGGAGGCAGGGCACCAAAGUGCACGAGCGGGAGAAGGGAAGGCAGCGAAGUUCGGAGUCCGACGCGAGGGCCUCUGAGUCGCAGGCGAAGACCGACGCCGAGAACGGAGGAGAGAAGCUGGGGCGGCGCGACAGCACACACAGCGCGCAGACAGUUCCGGGACUCCCCGCAAAGGAGAGCGAAAGAAAGGCCAGAGCGGAGAACGACGCUGACACGAGAGACGAAGCCGAGCUCGCGAAAACCACUUCGCGCGAGAGCGAGCUCUUGUCCAGCUGCGGCGUGAGUCCCCAGGAGUCUUCCUCUAGAGGCUGGGUGGACCUGGACACCAGCCGCUCCGACAAAUACGCGGCCGACGACGACAGCCACUCGGCCAAGUACCCUCUUGGAUCUGCUGGCACGAUGAAAUCUGCCAUGCACGAAGCAGCUGUCGAAGGCUACGAAGCAUGCGCGAUUACAAUCACGGGAGAAGCGCUGACGCAUGCGCUCUCGACCGCAGAGAAUCGGCGGUACUUUUUCGGCCUGGCGAACUUGUGCUCGACCGUCAUUGCAUGCCGCGUGAGUCCGAAACAGAAGAGCGACGUCGUCACGCAGUGCAAGAGGUACCAAAGUGGCACUGUCUCCCUCGGCAUCGGCGACGGAGCGAACGAUGUGGGGAUGCUGGUCGCUGCAAACGUCGGCGUCGGCAUCAGAGGAAAGGAAGGCCUCCAGGCCGUCAGGGCCGCUGACUUCGCGAUCGGCGAGUUCAAGUUCGUGCGGAAUCUGAUGUUUUAUCACGGUCGCGAAGCGCUGCGUCGCAACGCCUUCCAGAUGUACCAAACCAUCUUCAAGAAUGUCGUAUUUGGCCUGGCGGAUCUGUUUUUCGCCUUUGUCUCCGUGUUCGCGGCCUCCGACAUUUUCAACCCGUGGCUGAAGCAGCUGUACAACGUGCUCUACACGUGCAUCCCCGUGAUGCUCUUCACUGUGUUCGACCGCCAACUUCCCUACGACGUUCUCCUGCAAACUCCUGUCCUCUACCCGGCUUUCAGCAAACUGGGAGUCAACAUGUUUGCUGGAGCGCGCGCCUUCUGGAAAUGGUUCCUCUUUGGCUUCUAUGUCUCUGCCACUCUCGUCUACUUCCCUCUCUACGGAAUCGGCUGGGCCUUCACUUACACAAACAACGACGGCAUCAUCACUUUCUCUCUCGCCUUCUAUGGUGCCAUUGUCUUUUGGUGCAUCAUUCUGGUUUGCAACCUCGUCAUGGUUCCCUUCAUGCACACCUGGUUUUGGUUCAUCUGGCUGGGCAUCUUCCUUGACUUUGGUUUCUGGUGGAUGUCGUUGGCCAUUUGCCCACGAAUUUCCGACACGUUCUGCACCGAUUUAGCUGGCAGCGUCGAGGCCCUUCACCAAGACCCUCGCUACUACUUUGCAUGCAUCAUCGCUGUGUUUGUCGCACUCUUCCCCCAAUAUUUGAUCUGGUUCUUCAAGGUGGCGUUUCGACCGUCCGCUCCGUGCGUUAUUCGUGAACGCAUUGCCAAAGGUGUGUUCGACGUCGUCAUUGCACCUCGCGGAGGACAGAAGAUGGCGGUGGUGGUGCCCAAGAAGGUUUCCAACGAGUGGAGAGGUUUCGCCUUCGCUGAACAGGACCACACGCGGUGGGGACAGCACCGACGUUCAAUGCGGGCGGUUCUGGAUGGCUUGCCUGCCCAAGCCUUUCCCAGUGGAAGCGAGGUGAAUCCUUCUCUGUGGAAUCGACCAUUUGCCUCUGUUUUACCUGAAAACAACGCUGAGAGUUCCGUCCUUCCUACUCGCAACGUCGUGGAAAACCGUGACGGAGCUGCGGGGAGCUGCGGGCCGUUUGAGCAGGGCAGCUUGGCGCGGCGUUUCUCGCGGCUAGGCAUGAGGACGCAGCAGAUCUCUGCCUGUCCAGGAGUGGAGAGCGAAAACGACGAAGGGAGGCAACCUGGAGAGGAGGAACAACUCAACUUGCAGACCAGCGCGUCGUCAGGCGAGAGUCUCCCCGGAGCUUCCGCGCCGCGGAACGCAGCCAACGAUGCGUAAACCGUAAUCCUAAUGCGAGCGAGGCCAGCCAGUCGUCAAGACCAGGCACGCAGAAAUAGCGCUCAGGAACGACGCAUGCAGAUGGCAGUACCGGGAUGAAUGGGGGCUGAUAGAGAAACGAAGCCUGAGAGGACUACAGCGAAGCCAACGCCAAUAAAAGAGAUAUAUGCACUGGAACAACGCCUUCCCGAGUCGUUCAAUCGGUGCAUUUUCUGGGUCUUGGACCAGCUGUUUUCCCCAAGUUGGGGGACACAGGAGAAAAACCGAAGUCAAGUCCACAGGAUAAUGAAAGCAGUGACGGACGAAGCAGACUUCGGCGGCAGUUUUCGAUAGGUUGUAUGUAUGUAUAUAUAUAUAUAUAUACGUACAUGUAUCUCAGGGUAUGUAAGUGAAUGUGAGUAAGUGGGAACAUGUGUGCGUGGCGUCCUGCGAGGGGGGGGGAGUCUCUCAGAGUGACGUAAGCAUCUGCAUCGCUUUGAAUUGACCCAAGUGUUCCCUUUUUUGGCUUAAGUCGAUAUGCAGGAGAAGUACGUUAAUACUUUUUCUGGGUGGAUCUAAACGGAGAUUAUGACCGGGGUGGGGAGGCAGAAGUGUGGUGGAAUGUAUAUUCGUUGAAUGCAUGCAGAGGUGUCCCUGGCAGCCUUACGUCUGGAAAAGACAAUGCCUCCCUGGGGUGGUUCUCAAACGCGCAAGAAACGUGUGGAGAAAACGAGAAAGAAAAGGUCGUUCCCUGUUCACUUUGUUACAUGCCAAGUGAACCCGUCGCUUCUCUCGCGGCAGUUUGCCGAAACAUGCGGGAAGGUGCACAGGUGUCAGCAAGGGCGGCAGCAAUUCUUCGUUAGCGGGGCAUUCCUUUUGUGUAGUGGAAGGGAAGAAUCUGGGAAGGGAGAACCAAGUUGUGGCUUUUCGUAAGAAGAAUAUUUUUACAAUGUGUCUUCGUCUACCGUCUGGAUCGAGGGAAGUGCCGUCAGACAGAACCUCUAACCGAAUCUAGGAGGAAAGCAAGAACGGACAAAUGGGGAAGCGAAGAGCAAAAGUUCCGGAGGAAGAACGCUGGCGUUUCACACCUGUCUUCCGUCCUGGCAUUCUCCCCCCGCGCUUCUGGUUUUCAACAGUUGGGAGAAUGUGGAGUGCUUCCCCUCAGAUCCCGGCUCCGCGAAGGAUAGCAUCGAUACAGAGUUUGCCGCGUAAAAGAAUAAGAAGAACAUCCCGUGCGCCCGGUCUUAGUUUCGGUUCCUGUUUGUAUCCCGGGAGGGAGUCGGAAGUUCAGUUUUCUCUGGAGUGUGUUUUGGUAUCUUAGUGAAAAGGAUGUGACAAGCAACGAUUUACGGUAGUCGUCCAGCGUAGGUACAUCUGUACGGGGACAACUUUCUGACACCUUUCGUGGAGUGGCUAAACUCUCUAGGCCAUUCUUCCCUUGUCGCGUUUUUUUCUGCUGCAGUUUUGAUGCUGAUCGAGCUCACGCAAGGCUGAAGUGCUGGUGAACAUGUUGUUUUUUGUUCCUAGACUAGUCUGCUGCAUUUCCGUUAAGAAUGAAAGAUUUUUUCCGCCGAACUUAUGCUACGCGUUUCGCGUCUCUACCACGAAUGUUGACCUUUCGUUCUCGUGCACUUGUGUCCUCAUUUCCAGUGUCUGUUUUGUAUCGUUCUGUGAUCGUCCAGCGGGGAAGAGGAAGCGAUGAACGGUUUUUGCUAUCCUAAGGCAGGAUAGCCACAUGUCAAUUAUGUGGGCAGGCUCUUUUGUUCCGUCCCCCAUUGUAUUUUGUCUCCUUCUGUAGUUGCACCAUGUUUUCGGCCGUGGCGGUGUCCCCAGUUUCUUUUGAAAUGGUGCAGGCGGUUCUCUAGGCUAGGUGUAUCUCGUGUGUCGGGAAAAAACAAGGACCGUGACGGUUCCUUCUUGAUAACGUGCAUCCACACACACACAUGCAUUCGUGUUGUCGUGGACAUAUCUACUGUCGGUAUUCUCAGGCCUGGUUUUGCCCCG